AUGUCUUUUUUACCGUCCAUUCAAGUAUUUUCCAUUCUUCUACUUCUUCUACAUUCUAUCUCUAUUACUCAUUGCAUAACCACAGCUGAUCUUUAUAAUCCAUGUAAGAAACAACCGGCAUUAGGUAUUGAGCUUGGUACUAUUCCAAACACGGCCUUUUUUGCUUCAUCGUUUGUACAAGGCCGUGAGCCGUAUACCGCACGACUCAAUGCUCGUUAUGCUUGGAGACCUGCUUAUAUGGAUGCUGAUCAGUAUCUUUUCGUUGAUCUUGGUGCUCGAUAUUACGUCACAGCUAUUGCCACUCAGGGACGUCGUGCGGCGAAGGAAUAUGUCACAAUAUAUAAUAUAAUGUAUUCUGAUAAUGGUCAUAAUUGGUUUUAUUACACAAAUGAAGAUAAAAUAAUAGUGAAUUUCGUCGGAAACAAAAAUGAUAACGGAAUUGUUCGAAAUAAUCUGUCGGAUCCGAUUAUCACACGUUAUGUACGAUUUAAUCCAAGACAAUGGAAUAAUUUUAUUUCGAUGCGUGUCGAAGUGUACGGCUGUCCAUUCACUUCAUCAUCGUUUAAUUUCGAUGGACAAACAAUUUCAUAUUUUGAUGCUACACCUGCUCCAUUGCAUAAUACUCAGGAUGAAUUUCGUUUGCGUUUCAAAACAAACUACCCUACUGGAGUUUUGUUCUAUGCAAAAGGAACACAAAAUAAUGAUUAUUUGGCGAUUGAGCUACGAAAUGGAAGUAUUUUUGUUAAUAUUGAUCUAGGCUCGACGCCGGAGCGUCCAGGUGCAACAGUGAUUCAAGCCGGAAGUGUCCUAGACGACUAUCAAUGGCAUGAUUUAGCGAUUACUCGUUAUUUGAAAAAUAUUUCUGUCAAAAUCGAUCAAGCAGUUGUCCAAGAAGAGUCGCAAAGUGCUUUCAACGGUUUAGAUUUCGAUGGAAAACUUUAUGUUGGCGGUGCGCCGAAUCACAUGGAACGCGGAAUUACUGUUCGUCCCAACUUUCAGGGUUGUUUAGAAAAUGUUCUGUACAUUAGUCCAUCCACACAAAGUAUUUUUGAUAUGUUACAAAACUUGCAAAAGCAAUUGCCAUUCUACGGUCUUGAACAAGGCAUGGUUGGUUCUGGUGCUUUGUGUGAGAUAAAAGAUGAUUCGAUGAAUAUGCAUUCGUAUACGUUUAAGCGAUUUGAUUCUUAUUUGGAAAUCUUUCGCAAGCCGGGUGCAUCCAUGAUUGAUAUCAGUUUUCAAAUGCGUACAUUCGAACCGAAUGGUGUUUUGUUUUACACAAAUCUAUCGGAGCCAAAACAGCUCAUGAUUGGAAUCAAUGAUGUUCCUGACCAAGAUUUUCUUCGGCUUUUCCUGGACGAAGGUCAACUAAGUUGUACAGUGCAAUUAGAAGGAAACAAACGAACAGUUCGCCAUCAUCGACGUAAUUUAAAUGAUGGCCAAUGGCAUGAAAUAAGUCUUUUAUUAACACAGUAUCGAUUUAAUAUAACAGUGGAUUUUGAACCGGAGUUUUCUUUUACACGAAACAAUUUAUCGACAACUGAUCGCUUUACCUUCAGUACUAACGGCGAUCAGGUCAAUCGCGAAACAGCAAUGAACGGUUUUGUUGGUUGCGUAAGACAACUAGUCAUGAGUGGAAUACAGAUUCUACCACGAGAUCUAACCAGUAAUUUAACUUAUAUAAGAGCAAAUGAUAAUCGACCAAGAACGGGAACAGUAAUUAAUCAUGGUGUUUUGGUUGAUGCUUGCGAGAUGUUUGAUCGCUGUACGCCAAAUCCAUGCAGACAUGGUGGAAUAUGUCAUCAGACUUGGACGAGAUUUUAUUGUGAUUGUUCGAAUACAGGUUAUAGCGGUGCGGUGUGUCACAUCAGUGAUUUACCAUUAUCGUGUCUUGAUUAUAAACUGAAUCGCAUGAAGAUUGAUGAAGUCAUACCUGAACGUUUAACAUUAAUUGAUAUUGAUGGUAGUGGUCCUUUAGCUCCGUUUUGGAUUGUUUGUCGUUAUGGUUCGAAAUCGGAAAUUCUCAAUAUAAGCGAAAUCGGUCAUUAUAAUGAAUUAGAAAGUUAUGUUUCAAGCGGUUACGAAUUACCUAAUUCGAUCUAUUCGCAAACGAUUAAUUAUCGUGUACCAUUAAUUCCUCUGUUUGCUCUUAUUGAUCGUUCAGAUGUAUGUAAACAGUAUAUCGAAUAUACGUGUUUCAAUUCACGUUUGUUGAAUUAUCCUAAUGCACCGUAUGGCUGGUGGGUUGGGCGUACAAACCAAUCAAUGGAUUACUGGGGUGGAAGUGAGAUUGGUACGGGCAAAUGUUCAUGCGGAUUAGAUAUGACAUGUGCAAAUCCGAAUCUUUUCUGUAAUUGUGAUUCACAAUUUCCAACGGAAUUGAAAGACGCGGGAUUUUUAACACGAAAAGAAUUUCUGCCUGUUCUUCGCGUAGAAUUUGGUGACACAGGACCAGUGGGAUCUCAACAGUACGGUCGAUUUCAAGUGGGUCGUCUCUAUUGCGAAGGCGAUCUACUUUACGAAAAUACAGUGACAUUUCGAAAAGCAGAUGCUAUUAUAACAGUCCCUCCGUUUGAAGCGAAAAUUGCUGGUGAUAUACGUUUUCAGUUCAAAACUGGCUUUGAUUCAGCAACAUUCGGUUCAGCAAUUAUUAUGCAAAAUGUCGGAUACGAUGAUGGAGAUUUAAUUGAAAUUCGUCUUCAAUCACCGCGUGAGAUAGCCUUUCGCUAUAGCGUUGGUCGUGGAACGAAUAUCGUUACUAUUCGUGCUCCAUAUGAUUUCAAUGAUAAUGAUUGGCAUACAGUUCAAAUCGAAAUCAACCGUCAAGAAGCUCGAUUAACAGUCGAUGGACUUUCGGCUGCUAAUCCGGAAGAUCAAACCACUUUCCGACACAUUCGUCUAACAUCGAAUCUAACGAUUGGAGCAUCGGUGACCAACCGAAAUGGCUUCGUCGGAUGUAUUCGAGCGUUUCAAGUCAAUGGAGAACUAGUCGAUUUGAAAGCACAAGCCUUACGUGGUUUAUAUGGUGUCUCUCCUGAUUGUAUUGGUAAAUGUCAAAGUAAUCCAUGUUUGAAUGGUGGACGAUGCAAUGAACGUUGGUCAACGUAUGAUUGUGAUUGCACGUUUACACCAUUUCGUGGGCCGAUCUGUUCAACAGAAAUCGGCACACGACUCGAAGCAAAUACAAUGAUUAAAUAUGUAUUUCCAACGGAAGGUGUAACUGCAACUGAAGAAGAAACUAUUCGUGUUCUGUUUACCACAUAUACGAAACAAGGUAUUCUAAUGCAGUUAAAAUCCGAUCGAGUCGAUGAAAAAGGUAUGGUGGAUUAUUUUACUCUCGAGAUGAACAACAACGGUGGCGUACGAGUGAAAUUUAACUACGGUUUUGAUACAUUUGAAUACAAUGUACCAUAUGAUUUAACCAAUGGACAAGACCACGAAGUGAUUGUUACACGUCGUGAGUACGGCAAACGUAUUAUCAUCACUGUGGAUAAUUAUGAACCAUACGUCGAUGUUUUUCCACAAACGCAACAAAUCGAUAUGCAAUUCGAUAGUCCACGUAUUAUGUACAUCGGAAGAAAUGAAACAACGCCACCUGAACAAGGUUUUAGCGGUUGUAUUGCUCGCUUACAAUUCAAUCGUAUCUUUCCAUUAAAAUACGCCUUUUUGGAAGAACGAGAUCCUAAUAUUACUUGGUCAGGUACCGGUAUUCGAGAAUGGCCGUGUGGUACAGAACCUGUCAAAUAUCUACCCGAACCAGUUGAAAUUCCACCUGAUCGUGGAUUUACUAUUCUUGCUCUACCACGACCGAUUUAUAAACAAAAUAUCUACGGAAGAAAUGUCGGUCUGAUCGUUGGUAGUUUCAGUCUUCUAUUCUUAAUUCUCGUUGCCACUGCUGCUAUAUGUUACAAUAAAUCACGUAAAAGUGGACACUAUCGAACCAAAGAAGAUAAAGGUGCUGAUCAGGCUAUUGACGCUGAUACAGCUAUAAUCCGUGGUGAUCCUCGCCAUCCAGAUGUAACUGAAGCACGGGAAUGGUUCUUUUGA